GAUGUAGAAGGAUUCUCGUGAUACCCACAAUAGGUCAGCUGACAAUUUCAUUGCUCGUUCAACUCGGGGGGACAAUUUCUCGAUAAAAUCUGUGUUUCUUAUAAGUAAUGGCACUUCACGCAGCAAUCAAGGGAAAACUAAUUUCCGUCAUCGGCGAUGAGGACACCUGUGUUGGAUUCCUCCUUGGUGGAGUCGGAGAAAUUAAUAAAAAUCGUCAUCCCAACUUUAUGGUUGUCGAUAAAAAUACUGCCGUGAGUGAAAUCGAGGAUUGUUUCAAACGUUUCCUGAAGCGGGAUGAUAUCGACAUUAUCCUGAUCAAUCAGAACUACGCAGAGUUGAUUCGGCAUGUAAUUGAUGCGCACACAGCUCCUAUUCCGGCUGUGCUGGAAAUUCCAUCCAAGGAUCAUCCUUACGAUGCAUCGAAAGACUCGAUUCUUAGACGUGCGAAGGGAAUGUUCAAUCCUGAGGACCUAGUUGGGGUACCGCGGGGUUAGGUACAAAGUGUCGUCCUCCACACGAUCCUUUCGUGAUUUGUUUUCGUUUAUUGUUUGCAAUUGUAUUAUGUAAAGCUAAUUCCAUAUAUAUUACGAGCAUGUAUUAUAAAGUUGUCCUAAAGAGCCUUCAACAAAUAAAUCUAAAUUAGAUGUGA